UGACGCGAGUAGGUUACAGGAAAUCACGAGGAUUGUGUGCAAUACUUUCGGCCAUGUUUAGGGGUAAUUCUUACACUAGUCAACACACUUAGCCAAUGAUCUCACACAUGCACUCUCAUAAAAGUUUUUAUUUGGUAUGGAGCACCCUUCCCACAAAUCAAACAAGGCGGAUUCAACGGAAAGUGGGCGAAGUCGUUGAGAAAGCCUUCCGGUUUCGAUUCGAUUGUUAAUUCAGGCUCGGCAGAUUUAGGGGAAUCACACAAUUAUGCAACAUACAUAAUAAACUGAAUCAGCGACGAUGGCGGAUGAGCUUACGAAAAACAGCGACAAACUCUCUGUAGGGGAGCUCUACGUGUCUGCUAAGCAGGGUAGUGAUGAGGCCGGGGAUGGAACAGAGCAGAAGCCAUUCAAAACACCACUGAGGGCUUUAUUAUUUGCUGGGAAGGAGCCAUUCCCAUCCAUCUAUGUGGAUUCACAAAAGGAGGGAGAGAGAUGGGAAGAGAUUUCCAAAUCCCAAAUGAAGACCUUGAAAAAGCUGUGGCAGAAGGAGCAGAUGAAGAGGGACACCAAAGAUAAGAAAGAGGCAGAAGAUGCCGAGAGACGAGAGAAGAAUCUUGAAGAAGCAAAGAAGGUGAUCAUUGAGAAUGACCCAAGUUUGCCGGAGCCUAAAACGGCUAAAAUCCGCCUUCUGACACCUCUCAGAGGGCAGCGGGUGAAGGUGUUUGGCUGGGUGCACCGACUGCGUAGGCAAGGAAAUAAUUUGCUGUUCAUUGUUGUAAGAGAUGGAACAGGCUUCCUGCAGUGUGUGCUCACAGACCAACUGUGUCAAUGUUACAACGGCCUGGUCUUAGCCACCGAGAGCUCGGUUGCCCUGUAUGGUACUCUGCAGUGUGUUCCUGAGGGGAAGCAGGCUCCUGGAGGCCAUGAGCUCCACUGUGACUUCUGGGAGCUGGUAGGUCUAGCCCCAGCAGGGGGCGCUGAUAACCUGCUGAACGAGGAGUCUGACGUGGACGUGCAGCUCAACAACCGGCACAUGAUGAUCCGUGGUGAGAGCGUGUCCAAGAUCCUGCGGGUUCGCUCCACUGUCACACAGUGCUUCCGGGACCACUUCUUCAACCGUGGAUACUGUGAGAUCACUCCCCCUACUCUGGUGCAGACCCAAGUAGAGGGCGGCUCCACACUCUUCAGCCUGAACUACUUUGGGGAGGAAGCGUUCCUGACCCAGACCUCUCAGCUCUAUCUGGAGACCUGCAUCCCUGCCCUAGGGGACACCUUCUGUAUUUCCCAGUCCUACCGCGCCGAGCAGUCACGCACACGCCGACACCUGGCUGAGUAUACCCACGUUGAGGCCGAGUGUCCCUUCAUAACCUUUGAAGACCGGCUGAACAGCCUGGAGGACCUAGUGUGUGAUGUGGUGGACCGUGUGCUCAAGUCUGAAGCUGCUCCGCUGCUCUACGAGAUCAACCCAGAUUUCAAGCCACCCAAGCGGCCCUUCAAGAGGAUGAACUAUGUAGAAGCCAUACAGUGGCUGAAAGCGCAUGAUAUCAAGAAAGAUGAUGGAACCUACUAUGAAUUUGGAGAGGACAUCCCUGAAGCUCCAGAGAGGCUGAUGACUGACACCAUCAACGAGACUAUUCUGCUGUGCCGCUUUCCUGCAGAGAUCAAGUCUUUCUACAUGCAGCGAUGCCCAGAGGACCGCCGCCUCACUGAGUCGGUUGAUGUUCUGAUGCCUAAUGUUGGGGAGAUUGUUGGAGGGUCGAUGCGUAUCUGGGACACUGAGGAGCUGCUUGAAGGCUACAAGAGAGAGGGCAUGGACCCCACUCCCUAAUACUGGUACACUGAUCAGAGGAAAUUUGGAACAUGCCCUCAUGGUGGGUAUGGUUUGGGCCUGGAUAGUUUCCUGACCUGGCUUCUGAAUCGCUACCACAUUCGGGACGUCUGUCUAUACCCCCGCUUCAUACAGAGAUGUGGGCCUUGAGAAGCAUCAACAGACACCUCUAAAUACGUCUGGGAAGCGCGCCAUAAAUGCCACCUCAAAAAACUAUCAUCUCUGCUGCAUUCCAAUGUUCUUACCUGAUGAAUACUAACAUGUCAUGUCAUGAUGUUUCUACACGCUCACAAAAUAAACAUGGACAUUCACA